GGUGGCGUUAACGGAGAGGGGCGUGCACGGUCGGGUCGCACCCGCGUCCUUCUUCUGAACGAUAACACCAGCUGGUCCCGACCCCGGACGCCCCACGCGUGGUGGAAGGGAGGAGCGACGAGAGCAGUAGCAGCGUCGCUUUGUCUCCACCACGGCGGAGCGAAAGGACCGGCGGCGCGCAUCGGCAGCGCGCAUCGGCACCACCGCGCAUUGGGACAACGGGACGCGCGCACCCGUGGAUCUUCCUCACCUGCUUCUGCUUUUCUAAUAACACCUUUCAGAGUGACCAGCGUCGGCGCGCGACGACGGAUUGAGCUGCCCUGUACACCUUUACUGACAAUUACUAUAUUACUACUACAAUAUUAUUCAAUAAUAUACAAACUGGCUUUUCUGGACAUUUCAACUUGGAGAACUGCUCGCACUGGCACCACUGGCACAACCGGCUGGAUUAUCCCUCCAUCAUCAUCACAUCAGCCAAUCAUCAAUCGAUCGUUCUGAUCGUUUGGCUCCUUUCGACUGCUCACUCCGUGUUCGGAUACAGUGUUUCCGUGUGUGUGCGUCUCUGUGCGCGCGGAGAUCAUAAAGGGAUGCCCGCCAGGACCCCCCUCUGACUGAGGGACACUCGCACCCGGCGCCCGUCGCCUGCACGCCCCGGGCUCUCCCCCAGGGUUCUCUGAGGGUUCUCCGAGGGUUCCUCCUCGCGGAGCUGCCUCGGUCCACGCCGGUCUCGCGGAGACCCGGGGCUCGCGGAGCCGAAGCCACCCAUCCUCCCACCCACGUGGAGAGCGCGCGCCCCUCGCCUCGCCUCGCCUCGCCUCCCGCGGACGGACGCUCCGCCAUGGGCUGCUGCAGUGGGAGAUGCACGCUCGCCUUCAUAUGUGGCAUUCAGCUGGUCACUAUAUUGGAACGGCAAAUAUUUGACUUUCUUGGGUACCAGUGGGCCCCCAUCCUCACCAACUUCAUACACAUCCUCACAGUGAUUCUGGGCCUCUUUGGAACCAUCCAGUUCAGGCCAAGAUAUGUGACCGGGUAUGCGGUCUGGCUGGUGCUCUGGGUUACCUGGAAUGUCUUCAUCAUCUGCUUCUACCUGGAGGUGGGGGACCUUUCCAAGGACACUGACCUGAUCAUGACCUUUAACAUCUCAAUGCACCGCUCCUGGUGGAUGGAGAAUGGGCCAGGUUGUCGGGUGACCCCGGUGACCCCACCGCCUUCCUGGGCCCCUGAGGACCACCGUUACAUCAGCAUCUCUGGCUGUCUGCUGGAGUACCAGUAUGUGGAGGUCGCCCACAGCUCACUGCAGAUCAUCUUGGCGCUUGCUGGGUUCAUUUACGCCUGUUAUGUCGUGAAGCUCAUCUCAGAAGAAGAGGAUAGCUUCGACUUUAUAGGAGGGUUCGACUCUUAUGGCUACCAAGGGCCACAGAAGACGUCGCACUUGCAGCUCCAGCCUAUGUAUAUGUCAAAGUAACCAGGACAACUGCCUUAUGAACCAAUCCGAUAGAGAACUUGUUUUUUUCCUUUUUCUUCUUCUUUUU